AUGCGCAACGUUGAACCCAGCAACAGAAUCAACAGCGGAACAACAACACUUGUUAACAACAACAACAUUAUCCCAUUCCAAUCAUCACUUCACUAUCCCCAACAACAACAAACAUUUAAUUUAUGGGGUGGACAUAACGAAUGUUCAUCUCAACAAAACAUUCAACAACAAACAUUACAAACACAACAACAACAACAAACAUUUCGACCUCACAAAAACAAUGUUGUUGUUACCAGCCAAGAAUGUUUUAACAACAAAGAAUGUUUUAACAACAUUGAAAAACAUAGAAAUGUUUGUAACAACCAAAACAUUCAACAACAACAACAAUUUGUUGGACUGUCAAACUUUGAACAAUUUUAUUCCCAACAACAACAAUACACUCAAGAAUGUUUUUUCUACCCAAUCCAAACACAAAAUUCUUUUGCGUUGGGAAACAAUGUUACCCCAAUGUUUGGCAACACCCACCAAACAACUAAUAGAAGUUUGGGAAUUGAACAACCGAUAAAUCAGGCAAGUAAUCGCCUUUCUGUUGCUGCAAGUAUUGCUACAAGCUAUGCAAGCCAUACAGGGAUUAAUCAAUUGGGAGGUGUUUUUGUAAAUGGAAGGCCUUUACCUACUUAUGUCAGAAAUCAGAUUGUUGAGUUAAACAGAAGAGGUGUUCGGCCUUGUGAUAUUUCAAGACAACUUAAAGUUUCGCAUGGAUGUGUUUCUAAAAUUCUUGGACGAUUUUAUGAGACUGGCUCAAUAAAGCCCGGAGUUAUUGGCGGUUCAAAACCUAAAGUAGCCACUCCAGAAGUUGUACAUGCUAUUGCUAGAUAUAAAUUGAACAAUCCAACAAUGUUUGCCUGGGAAAUUAGGGAAAAAUUAAUUGAAGAGGGAAUAAGUGAUGCAGAAAGUGCUCCUUCUGUUUCUUCUAUAAACAGAAUUGUUCGUAAUAAAUCUCAAUGUUUAAGUGUUCACAAACAUUGUUUGAAUAAACACACAAACAAUCAGAAAAACAUUGCGAGUUUAAAAAGGUUGUUACAAACAUUUGUUUUUCUUACAAAAACAUUUGUUUUAUAG